AUGUCGUCAGAAAGCGCCGUAGCGCAGCUCUCCCUCCCGCUGCCCCGCUCCUUGGACACGCGCAUCCACAUCCAUCUCACCACCAAGGCCAAGGCGGUCACCCUCUUCCUCACCUCAGUGACGCAAGACGAGCAGUCGGGGCCCGCGGCGCUGGGAUCCUUCGUAUACGCCCUGCCAAACAGACUGGAGCCCGCGCAGCCGAUCUCGACGGCCAUCUACUCGGUAGAGUCGACGCUCGAGUUCACGACGAGGAUGGCCAAGCUGCUUGCCAAGCGUACGGGCAUGCCCGUCUACGUAGGCUGCUCCAUCAACCUGGGCGGCUCGGCCAUGGGCCUCUCCGUCGAAGAGGAGAUGGAGGCGUUCCGGGCCAUCGUCGACGUCGUCACGGGGAAGCUCAAGAGCGGCCAGGCCGUCAUCAACGGUGUCUCCUGA